CUCUCGCCACACACCACCACCUUUGUCUCUGCAAAAAAGAAGGUUCUUCAUCAGACUUUUUAUAAAAAUGGCGUCGAUGAAAGACGUUCAUCUCUUCCGUCGUUAUCUCUCAAUCGUUCUCAGUCUCUUUCAAAGCCUGUUUCCAUGUUUCUUCGAUUUCCCCAUACUCAUCAAAAUCGCUGACUCGUUCUUAUCUCUGUAUUUCUUGGUUUUCUGCGAUCUCCGACCUGUAACCGUCGAUCUAGACGACGGAGAAACCACUGUCCAUUUCUGGAUCUCCGGGCACCGNAGAAUCUCCCGUCCCAAUCUCGUCAUGCUCCACGGAUACGGUGGAAACUCCAAAUGGCAGUUCGUUCACCAAGUCUCCGAUCUCUCGAGAUCUUUCAAUCUCUUCAUUCCCGAUUUGCUCUUCUUCGGGAAAUCUUACUCGAGGAAUCCAGAUCGGAGCGUCGAGAUUCAGGCGAGGAGCGUCGCCGGAGGAUUGAAGAAACUGGGUUGUUGUUGUGUCGAAGGAGUAGGGGGAGGAAGGGUCUCGGUGUAUUCGAUAAGCUACGGUGGAUUCGUGGCGUAUGGAAUGGCGGAGAUGUGGCCGGAGAUGGUUGAGAAACUGGUGAUCGUGAGCAGUGGAGUGGGGUUCACGCAGAAGCAGAAGACGGCGGAGAUGAAGAAACACGGCGGAGAUUGUUCGAAGAUUCUUGUUCCGAAAACUCCGAUGGAUCUGCGGUUGUUGAUUAAGAUCUCUAUGAACACCGGUUUAACGUUCGUUCAUUGGGUUCCUGAUUUCAUUCUUUCUCAAUUCAUCUCUGUGAUGUAUGAGAAAAAUCGGCAGGAGCUUCUUGAGCUAGCUAAGAAUUUGUUGGAGAGAGAAGAGGAACCAGAAUUGACUGUAGUCUCACAGAAAACGUUAAUCGUUUGGGGGGACAAGGAUAAAGUAUUUCCUUUGGAGCAUGCUUAUCGGCUGCAGAGGUAUUUAGAGAGUUCAAGAUUAGAGAUAAUCAAGGAAACUGGACACGCUGUUAACAUUGAAGCACCAACUACUCUCAAUAAUUUAAUCAUUUCGUUUGUCUUAUCUUAAAUGUUUGAUUUCUAUUCUUGUAUAUACUUCUACUUCUAUUAGAUAUCUAUAUGCACUUGAUUUGAGUAAAUAUUAUACAUAGUGGACAUUA